UUGUGGGACACAGGAAGCUCCAGACUGGUCAUAUCUGUAGUGGAUCAUGAAGAACCCCAGGGAACAUCUGAGCCACCACUUCUUAGAUAAACCACAACCAGCCCCGCCCUCCUGCCAUUGGUCUGCUAACAGGGACCUCACUUCCUUACCUUCUCCCUGGGAGUCAGCUUGGUGUAUAGGAUGCCACUACUGGGAGCAGUCGUGUUCUUCUCCUUCUGGGAUUUUGGCCUUGCACAGCCAAAGUUGGAACAACCUGAAAUAUCAAUUUCCAGGGCAAAAGAUAAGAGUGUGCAUAUAUCUUGUAAAGUAUCCUCCAGCACCUUUAAUACAGACUACAUACACUGGUACCGGCAAAAACCAGAUCAGAGUAUAGAACAUUUAAUAUACGUUUUCUCGACAGCCCCUGCUCAUAGCAAGAACAACAAACUUGAGGCAACUAAAAUUUUUCAUUCUUCCACUUCCAUCUUGAAAAUAAAUUCUUUAGAGAAAGAAGAUGAGGCCGUGUACUUCUGUGCCUUCUGGACUAUCUCAGGCUGGAUCAAGAUAUUUGCAGAAGGGACUAAACUCAUAGUAAUUUCCCCUGAUAGAAGCCUUGAUUCAGAGAUCUACCCCAAGCCCACUAUCUUUCUUCCUUCAGUUGCCGAAAUAAAACUUCAUAAGGCUGGAACUCAUCUUUGUCUUCUUGAGAAAUUUUUCCCUGAUGUUAUUAAGGUAUAUUGGAAGGAAAAGAACAGCAAUACACUUCUGGAAUCUCAGCAGGGAAUUACCAUGAAGACUAAUGACACAUACAUGAAAUACAGCUGGCUGACCGUGACUGAAAAAUCAAUGGCUACAGAACACAAAUGCAUAGUCAAACAUGAGAAUAAUAAAAGAGGAGUUGAUCAAGAAAUUAUUUUUCCUCCAGUAAAGAAAGGGGUUGCUGCUAUUAAUACUGCAAUGAAAGCUUGUGUGGAAGACACAAAUGAUACAUUGCAACUGCAGCUCACCAAUACCUCUGCCUACUACACCUACCUCCUCCUCCUCCUCAAGAGCCUGGUCUACUUUGCCAUCAUUUCCUUUCGUCUGUUUAGGAGAACAGCAGUCUGUGGCCAUGGAAAGAGUUCAUAAAAGUUGAUGGCAUAAAAGAAUCAACUUUAUUAUUAUUAUUAUUAUUAUUAUUAUUAUUGUCCCUGAACAUGUCUGCUGAAGAUCUAGCUGGACUUUCUUUCUGGGUUUUGAUUAUUUCAGUUCAUUUGUGCAUUUUUCUAUUAUUGCAUAACGGUUUUCAAAGCACUGUACAAAAGAAAAUUUCACUCUGUAACAAUAAAAAAUGCUGCCAUUACUCAGGGGCAGGGCCAAAGUGUACCCUUUAGCACCUCUCUUCCCAUAAUCUCCAUCAGCUCCUCCACUCAAUCCAAAUAAUCAUGCCUUCUGAGUACAGAGAGUGUGAAGCUUCUAGUCACAUUCUUCAGUGCUCUUUAACCCGAUAAAUGCCUUGAAGCUUUCCACUGUACACGCCUGGAAGCUGCCAUCUUUGCUACUUGAGUUCUGUAUUUUGUUUUUCAUAA